CAUGUUUCUCUGCUUCUUCUCCCCUGUCCCAAUCGAAAGAAACAGAAAACUCCCUCUCUUCUUUCCUUUGGGAUAAAUAAAUAAAUAAAUAAAAUAAAUAUAAUGUAGGCUGUAGCAGUUUAGAUUCUUGAUCAUUGCUAAGAAUGACAGAGCUUAUCUGUUCUCAGUAGCAAAAAAGAAACACCAUUAACGCCCCUUGCAUUGCAUUUCUCUUUGCAGAAAAAUCGUUUGGGCCGCCUUAUUCGCUUGCUCACAUUAUGUUUUGAGAGCAAUUAUUUGAAUAUUGAUUUUGAAACACAUCAUUAUAAUCACUCUUCUUCCUUUUUUUUGUCCCAAAAUUUUCCCAUAUUCGUUUGUUAUAGGUGAGAAAAGGGACUUUUAGAGGAGAAAAGUUGUCACCGAUUACACAUAUUUGUGACCCCUUUAUCUCCCUAAAGGUCUUUUUUUCUUUUCUUAAAUUUAAUAAAUCUGAAUUCUUGAAAAAUUUAUGCAAUGGGUGCACGUUGUUCCAAUUUGUGUUUCUGUUUAUGGCCUUCAAACAUCAAGUCCCAUGAUCUGUAUACCUCUGAUAUCGAAAAAUGGGCGGAGAAUGAGCAGCUGAAUUUGCCAGCUUUUAGAGAAUAUGGUUUGGAGGAGCUGAAGGCUGCCACCUCAACUUUCUCCAUUAAUAAUAUAGUUUCAGAACAUGGAGAGAAAGCCCCUAACGUUGUGUUUAAAGGUCAGCUUGAUGGUAAUGGCCGUUGGAUUGCUAUCAAGCGCUUCCACUCGUCUGCAUGGCCUGAUUCUCGCCAAUUCUUAGAUGAAGCGAAAGCAGUGGGGCAGCUAAGGAGUAAGCGGUUGGCUAAUUUGUUAGGGUGUUGCUGUGAAGGAGAUGAGAGAUUACUAGUGGCUGAAUUUAUGCCUCAUGAAACAUUAUCCAAGCGUUUAUUCCAUUGGGAUAACCAACCAUUGAAAUGGGCGAUGAGGUUGAGAGUUGCUUUGUAUUUAGCACAAGCAUUAGACUACUGCAGUAGUAAAGGGAGAGAACUAUAUCAUGACCUAAACUCUUACAGAGUUUUGUUCGAUCAAGAUUGUGAUCCAAGGCUAUCAUGUUUUGGCUUAAUGAAAAACAGUAGGGAUGGCAAGAGUUAUAGUACAAACUUGGCCUUCACACCGCCGGAGUAUUUAAAGACAGGUAAGGUGACCCCAGAGAGUGUAGUUUACAGUUUUGGCGCCCUGUUGCUUGAUCUUCUUAGCGGGAAGCAUAUUCCUCCUAGCCACGCACUUGACCUUAUACGGGGAAAGAAUUUUCUGAUGCUUAUGGAUUCUUGCUUGGAAGGUCACUUCUCAAAUGACGAUGGGACUGAGUUAGUACAACUUGCUUCACGUUGUUUGCAACACGAACCUCAUGACAGGCCAAAUGUGAAAUCUCUUCUUACCACUCUAACAUCUCUUCAGAAAGAAAAAGAUGCUCCAUCAAACGUUCUCAUGAGUAUUGCUCGUGAAACCACCUCACCCUCCCAAGUACCUUUAACACCUCUUGGUGAGGCUUGUUCGAGAUUAGACUUAACUGCCAUACAUGAUAUUUUAGAAAAAGCUGGAUACAAAGAGGACGAGGGCAUCGCUAAUGAGCUUUCAUUUCAGAUGUGGGCUAAUCAAAUACAAGAAACCCUCAACUCUAGGAAGUCUGGCGAUUCUGCUUUUCGAGAUAAAAAUUUUACUAUUGCAAUCAAAUCUUACACAGAGUUUCUUGAGGGAGGAAAUGUUAAGUCCCCAACUGUGCUGGCAAGGCGCUCGUUAUGUUAUCUAAUGAGUGACAAGCCACAAGAAGCUCUUGCAGAUGCAAUGCAAGCACAAGUACAAUUUUCCAAUUGGCCAACUGCUUUCUAUCUUCAAGCAGCUGCACUCUUCACCCUCGGAAUGGACUCAGAUGCCCGAGAAACACUCAAAGAUGGCUCCUCCUUAGAUUUCAGAAGAAUGAGACAGUAAAUAUGAAUAUAGUUCUACACAAAAAAGUCAUUGUACAUAUCACCUUUCAUACAUGAAUCAUCAAUAUCAGCACACAAGUUUUCUUCAUAACAUCCAUUAGAGCACAGGUGAUUAAUUUCUCAUUCUGCUUCUUCUAUUUGGGAGAGCUGGUGUAUCUCUACUUUUGGUAGUUAUUGUACGAGUUUCAAAGACAAAAAAGGAAAAAUUAAACAUAUAAAGCAACGGAACCAUCAUAGUAUUUCUUUUAACUCCUCCGAAAGGAAGGAUGACAAUUUGAUCAUUUACCCAUGUAAUUGUCACCACUGACUAUUGCAACUGCAACCAAGACUUAUGCACUACAAGAUAUUAAUGUCAGCACCUCAGUUAUAGGUAAACAGCCUAAAGUGUUUCCUGACCCAACCUGUAAACAGUAAAAGAAAAUAGAUAUUGGACCUAAUUCAACCCUAAACUUAUGAGGUGAUGAUUGCCCAAAACCAUAUAAGGAGACAACAUCGCAUACCCUCAACCAAUGUGAGAUAUUAUAACAUCAGCUAUGGUACCAGCAAAGUUACACAUUGACACAAACUCUCUAUCCACUUCGCAAUGCCCAAGCUGCACGGAGACAACAAUAUGUCAACUUGAAGAAGUACAUAUAUGCUACUCUAAAACACAGACUGAUCUGUACUAGCAAGCAUCAAAAUUGUUUUUGAACUAGUAUUAUCUCCACAACUGUAAUAAACUUAUCGAGAAGUCUGUAAGGAAAUCCGAGAAAUUCCAGAAGUUAGUUUCAUGGUCUCAAGUCUCAACACCUCAGUAUGGUGCAAACCCAGUUUCUCAAAACUCAAACAAACACCAUAAUAUUGUUCCAGUUGCUUGAGAACUGCUUCUCCAAACACAUGCUUUGCCAGUGCUUCUAGACUCGUGGUAUGGCAAGCUAAUUUACACUUCUGGGGGGAAGUAUGAAACCAGUUGAAUAUAAAAAAUAUAAAGGAUCAGAAGUUCAGAACUUUCAAAAGUCAACUGAAAUCCACAAUAUCAUUUUACAGUAUGAUCAAAUAUAAAAGAACCCUCCACAAACGACUUGCAGUUUUUGAAACGCAGAGAACUCACAGGGGGACACAGGCUAAAUAUUUCGGAAGCAAGGUUCAUUGAUUGGAACACACUUAGAACAGGAAGCAUGACCACACAACUAAGCACCAUGAAAUAUUUGUACAGAAAGUGCAAUACUGAAAUAUAA